UACGGUUUUCUUCAACACAUCAAUUGCUAACAUUGCAUUAAAAGUUUCUGCAUUACAAGGCCCUUGUGUAGAAAUUUCUAGCACUGGGGAAUAUUUAAAUGGAAGCACCUUUGCUGUAACUCAAAUUACUUCUGCUGAGCCGCUGUGUUAUAGUGAUGUAGUGGGUGCUCAAGAUACAAGAGGUAGUUCUGUUUGGUUCCUUUCUCCUCUAGGAUGGGUUUGGUCUGGUUUGAUGACCAAUCCGAAUUGGAAUUUGUCUUGUUAA